ACUCAUUUCUCCAUCGAAUAAUAGAAACUCCAUUUGGUAAAACUAAAUUGCUAUAUAUGUAAAUUAUUGAUAUAUUCUCUAUUUGUUGAUUGAUUAUCAAGCAGCUUGGGGGUUUAAUCUUACAAUUAAUUAAGAUGGCUUUCAAUAAUGGAACCCAACAAAAGUGUAAGGCUUGUGAUAAAACGGUUUACAUUGCGGAGAUGGUUUCUCCCGGCGGCGUUGCAUAUCAUAAUACUUGUUUCAGAUGCGCCCAAUGCAACGGCCGACUUGCGUUGAGCAAUUAUUCCUCCAUGGAUGGGGUGUUGUAUUGUAAGCCGCAUUUUGAACAAAUACUUAAGGAGAAAGGGGUUACUGUAAGGUCCAAUUCAAUUGGGAAGCAAGGCGAUUUGGCAAGGACCCCUAGCAAACUUUCUUCUGCAUUUUCUGGAACCCAAGAAAAGUGUGCCGUCUGCAAAAAAGUUGUGUACCCAUUGGAGAAGGUAACCGUGGAUGGAUUCUUCUAUCACCAAAACUGUUUCAAGUGCUCCCAUGGAGGAUGCAAGCUCACAACCUCUUCA